AUGGCCUCGAGCGCUCCAGGCCCGAGCCAGCAGCUCGUGAGCCCCGCAGCACACCUCCACGCCGCCCCAGCCUACGCCGUCCAGCCUGCCCCGACCGUCUCGACCUCGUUCGCGUCCACCACCGCCAACCCGACCUCGUCGUCGUCGUCGAGCGGCGCACCCUCGGCAUCCUCGGCGUCCAAGCCCAUCCCGGGAGCGCCGUCGCCGACACUGCGGCCCUUUACGCCGCGCGAGCUCAAGCAGCUCGUCCUCGAGUACCUGUGCAGCCGGUGCUACGUCGACACGGCCAUGGCGUUCGCGAGCGACCUCGCCCUCGCAGACGAGGCCGCGACGGGACCGAGCGCGGGCGAGCCUGCGCCACUCGUCGAGCGAGGCGGACAGGCGGGCGAGGGCAUGGACGGCAUCGAGGCGACGCCGGAGCCGCACGCGGGCGACGAGCCGAGGGCUUCGAGCGACGCGCCGCCAGUGUCGAACGGCAAGAGCGUCGCGUUUCUCGACGGCGAUGGAGCAGAGGACGAGGACGAGGACGGCGACGUGAUCGAGGGCAGUUUGCUGUCCAAGGCGGACGUCCAAGACGCUCGGCUGCGACGCAAGAUCCGCGACUCGAUCCUGGGCGGGCGCAUCUCGCACGCCGUCGACCUGCUCAACGAGCACUACCCGUCGGUCCUCGCGGCGACAACUACCCCGUCCACAACGCCGCCGACCGCAUCCAGCCUCUCGUCGCCCUCGAAGCUCGCCCCGUCCCAUCCCUUGUCGCCCAAGAACACGCGCUGCACCCCUCAGACCUUCUUCGUCGCACCCUCCCCUCCGUCGCCCUCUUCCUCCUCCGGCGCGCCCGCCGCCCUCUCGUCGACCAAGUCGCUCAUCGGCGCCCACUUUGGCCCGCACGCCCAGUCGCUCGCGCCGGCCAUCCUCAGCCUCAACCUCCAGACCCAGGUGUUCGUCGAGCUCAUGCGCUCGGCGUACGCGACGUCGGCGCACUCGACGCCCUCGACGCCGACGCCCUCGGCGGCGGCGGCGGGAGGAGGAGGAGGGGCGGGAGCGAGCGACGACGCCGACAUGUCGGCCUCGACGUCGUCGCUCGGCACCUUCUCGAUCCUCAACGUCGCCAUCGCGCAGGCGCAGGCGCUCGCCGAGAAGGUGUCGCACCUCCCGCCCGGGCGCGAGCGCGAGGGGUGGGACCGCGAGCGCGUCGACGUCAGUGCGCUGCUCGCGUACAAGAACAUCGAGACGUGCGAGGUGAGGGGUUACUUUGACGAGGCGAGGAAGGAGGCGCUCGCAGAGAUGGUCAACGCGGCGGUCCUUCAGCACACGUCGCGCACGCCGAUGCCGCUCCUCUCGCUCGCCGCCCGGCAAGCGACCGCCUUUUGGUCGACCUUGCGCGAGAUGAACGUGCCCUUUCCGCCACCCUCGUCGACCAAGACGUCGAACGACGCGUCGAGCAACGGCAAGGCCAAGCCCGCAAAGACGGCGCCGGCGUUCGACCUGCACUCGUUCCUGCACGAGCGCGAACCAGGUGCUUCUUCGAGCGCAACCGGUCCCGACGGCGACGUCGAGAUGGCGCCCUGAGCGCGCACCGGCCCUUUAUCCUCUUCGCGCCUCGGCUCGCCUUUCCUAUCUCCCUUGUUGCCCGUACACCUUCUCUCUCUCUCGUGUCUUCUGCAGUGCCGUACAGUCUAUGCAACGCGAGUCGAUCGUGAUCCG